UCCCCCCCUCUCUCGGUUCAACCACGUCUCCCCUUCUCCUCCUCUUCUCUUCCCCCCCUCUCCCGAGCCCCCGCUCCAUGCCCUCCCGCCCGUAACCACCAAUGGCCCUCUCCUCGCGCGCCGCCGCUUUCCCGCACGUCUCCCUCCCCUCCCCCCGCCCGCGCCCCGCCGCCGUCUCCCUCCGGCCCCCGCCUCCCCCGCGCUCGGUGCGGCUCGACCACGUCAUCCCCGCCGACGCCGCCGAGCUCGGCCUCGCCGGCGGCGGGCUCCUGGCCGCCGCCAUCGAGCACCUCGAGCGGGAGCCCGCCGCGGCGGCCGACGACAAGGCCCCGCUCGCCGACCUCUCCCCGAGGGAGCUCCAGCUCGUGCUCGUCUACUUCGCGCAGGAGGGCCGCGACGCCUACUGCGCGCUCGAGGUCUUCGACUGGCUGCGCCGCGCCGACCGCGUCGACGGCGAGACCAUGGAGCUCAUGACGGCCAUCGCCUGCGGCUGGAUCGAGCGCCUCGUGGGGGCCGGGGGUGACGUCUCCGACGUCUCCGCGCUCCUGGGGGAGAUGGACUGCGUCGGCCUCCGCCCCGGGUUUAGCCUCGUCGAGAAGGCCGUCGCGCUCUACUGGGACCGCAGCGAGAGGGCGCGCGCUGUUGAGUUCGUCAGGGACGUGCUCAGGAGGGGGAGCGUGGCCGCGGGAGGGGAGUAUGACGGCGAGCGUGGAGGCCCCGUCGGUUACCUCGCCUGGAAGAUUAUGAUGGACGGGGACUACAGAGAUGCUGUUAAAUUGGUCAUUGAAUUCAAAGAGAGUGGACUGAAACCUGAAGUCUAUAGUUAUCUUAUUGGGUUGACUGCCUUGGUUAAAGAGCAAAAGGAAUUCUCAAAGGCAUUGCGUAAAUUGAAUCUGUCAGUGAAGGAUGGCUCAAUUGCCAAACUGGAUACUGAGAGCAUGCACAACAUCGAGAAGUAUCAAUCCAAAUUAUUAGGGGAUGGUGUUCUUUUAUCAAAUUGGGCAGUUCAGGAAGGCAGCAGUGAGGUUCUAGGACUUGUGCAUGAGAGGCUCCUUUCAUUGUACACUUGUGCUGGUUGUGGCUUAGAAGCUGAGCGCCAACUUUGGGAAUUGAAGCUUGUUGGUAGGGAACCUGAUACACAGCUCUAUGAUGUUGUCUUGGCCAUUUGUGCUUCUCAAGGGGAAGCUGCUGCUGUUAGACGAUUGCUUGCAGGAGUCGAGUCAACCAGCGCAGGAAGAAGGAAGAAGUCUAUGUCAUGGCUCCUGCGAGGCUACCUUAAAGGUGGUUUCUAUCUGGAUGCCUCGGAAACACUUUUGCGGAUGCUUGAUAUGGGCUUAUCUCCUGAUUACCUGGACAGAGCGGCUGUACUGACUGCACUGCAGAGAAACAUACAGGAAUCCGGCAACCUAGAAUCAUACAUGAAACUCUGCAAGCGCCUAUCUGAGACAGAUCUGAUUGCACCGUGCGUCCUAUAUCUGUAUGUACGCAAAUUCAAGCUGUGGAUGAUGCGCAUGCUGUGAGGGUCUCGACAAAGCCUUGAAUCAUCUGUGGGUGCUUCAGACAUGUUCAUGGCUUCUAUUAGGUGUAGAAUGCCCCGACUACGGUGAACCAACUGAUGCACAAUCAUGGUUCCUUGUAUAUUUUUGACCGGAAAGGAGCUCCCCAUGAGCGUUCACCCCCAUCAGAGCUGCUGUCUUGUUGUCUGAGCAGACUAAAUGAGUGUAAAUUUUCUGUGUACCAUCCCCAAUUGUGUGGAAUGGAGGGCGCUAGCUGCUGUAGGGGAGCAUAUACCUCUUACGAAACAUUACGUGUAUAUAGUUGAACAAAAAGAAACUUGUAAAGUUGUGAUA